AUGCAAACGCAGCAACUGCGAAAAGAUCUUGAGCAGUUUGAAAAAGACCCCACCUCAGCGCAGCUCUCGCUGAUAGGCCAGAUCACCACCACAAUCACCAACCUUUCGAGAACUCUCCAGGACUACGAGGACUACAUCGUCAAGCAGACGCUGAAUCUGAACGAGUCCCAGAAACUGAAAAAUGAAAACAGACUUGCGAGCCUGAAAAACGAGCUUCUCGAGUACAAGCUGAAAACACAAUCCUUAAAGAAACAGCGAGAGGAAGGAUUAGCCGAGGUCAAUAGAAACCAAUUGUUUGCAAACAGGUCGACGGCGAUAUCAGAAAAUCCGUACGAUGACAGCAACGUUUCUUCUGUGACCAACAGAGGUGGCCAAAGUCGGCAGGAACAGCUCUCGGGACUCUCCAUGCAAGAAGGGCUACAGAAGGAACAGUCUGUUUUAGAACGUUCAAACCAGCAGCUGGACGAAAUUCUCGAGAUGGGAAGAAUGGCGUUUGACGAUCUGGUGGAGCAGAACGAGGUGGUGCUGAAAAUGAAGGAGAGAAUGUCGUCCAGCUUGCAGACUCUGGGAGUUUCGAAAGCUACUAUUAGACAGAUUGAGAAAAAGGCAUUUGAGGACAAGUGGAUAUUCUACAUCGGGGCAGCACUCACGUUGUACGUGAUGUAUUUGAUAUGGAAGUAUUUGGGCUGA